AUGGCAAACGCAGGAGGAAGCAACCCCAUCCAGCAUCCAUUGGCAGCCACAGCAUCAGCCAUUGGAGCUGCAGGUGGUGACCCUCGAACAAACAAGACAUCUCUUUUCAUGAGUGCGAACGAGGGUCCGGCUGAGAUUGCAGCAAAGAUCUCCGGCGUGAACCUGGGCGGCAAGCGAGAGGAUGAUUCUGCCUACUUCACCAACAAUGAGGCUAUUCCAUGGCCUGACCCAGCUCAUAGUAAGACCGUUGGCGGCCUUCCGCUCGUGAGCGAUACGUUCCUGCUCCAAAAGCAGCAGACCUUCAACCGAUCAAAGAAUCUCGAACGCAUGGUCCAUCCCUGUGGUAGCGGGGCAUUUGGGCAUUUCGAGUGCACCAAGGAUAUGUCCAAUCUGACCAAAGCGAAUUUCCUUCAGAGCGCGGGCCAGAAGACGCCAAUCUUCAUCCGCUUCAGCACCGUCACCCUUGGACGCGAGUUUCCCGACUCAGCUCGCAAUCCGAGAGGUUUCGCCAUCAAGUUCUAUACAGGAGAAGGAAACUAUGAUAUCGUUGGCUUAAACUGGCCUAUCUUCUUCUGUCGUGAUCCAAUCCAGGGACCAGAUGUCAUCCGAUCUCAAGCACGUAACCCGCGAAACUUUCUCUUGGAUUACGAUGCCACCUUCGAUCUUUUGGCUUGUACACCAGAAGGCAAUCAUGCUGGAUUGAUGUUCUUCAGUGACCAUGGGACUCCUGAUGGAUGGAUCCAUGAACAUGGCUAUGGGUGCCAUACAUUCAAAUGGGUUAACAAGGAUGGGAAAUUCGUGUAUAUCAAAUACCACUUCCUCGCAGAGACCGGACAGAAGCAGCUCACCGAACCCGAGGCGAUUCGAAUCUCCGGCGAAGAUCCAGACUAUUCCAAAAGACAGCUUUGGGAUGCCAUGGAAGAAGGCAAGGAGAUCGUCUGGAAGGCUCAUAUUCAGAUCAUGGAGCCCGAUGAAGCCGAUGCCAACAAGCUGGGUUUUGACCCCUUUGAUGUUACAAAAGUGUGGCCCAGAGGUCAAUUUCCGAUGCACGAGUUCGGGCGCUUAGUCCUGAACAAGAACCCGGAGAAUUACCAUCGGGACGUGGAGCAAGCUGCAUUCAGCCCUGGUAGCAUGGUGCCGGGCAUUGAAGAUAGCCCUGACCCGCUUCUGCAAUUCCGCAUGUUCUUUUACCGUGAUGCCCAGUACCACCGCAUUGGCGUCAAUCUCCAUCAGGUGCCGGUCAACUGCCCCUUCAUGGCCGGUAAUUAUUCCAGUCUCAACUUUGACGGAGCAAUGCGCGUCGAUGCCAACCAUGCCGGUAACAAGCAAUACGUGCCGAACAGCUUCAAGAAUGCCUUCCGACCUGACACUGCCGAGGCGCCCUACACCGUUGCCGACAACGUGGUUUCGAGGAAGUCCCAUUACGCGCAUGAAGGCAAGAAGAGUGAAUAUGCGCAGGCCACGGAACUUUAUAGGCGUGUCAUGAGUGAUACUGCAAGAGAGCACACUCAUCAGAACACCGCAAAAAUGAUCUCGCGCGUGAAUUAUCCGAUCAUUCAGAAAAAGUAUCUGGCCCAGAUUUACAACAUCGCCCCUGAGUAUCCCAAGGCCGUCUACGACCUCAUGAGCAAGAAAGAGUUUGAAUUCUCCGAGGUCGAAGAACUGUCGAAGAGCGCUCACGAGUUCUCCAAAGAGGCUAAGUUCAGGCCUGGAGAGAACGAUCGCUUGGUGGGCUACGCACCGCCGACAAGCAUUUACAACAUGUAA